CCUCUUUAUGACCACCACGCUUCAUCUUCAAUCUGCCGCCGGACUCCUCGGUCACUCCCCGCUCUCCCCCUCCUCCCGCCUGGGUCCAUCCUACAUGAAGAGGAGCAGCCUGCCGCUGCUCAAACGUGGAGGGAAGAACACGGAGAGCGACGCUCGUCGCUGACUGCGCGGGGUUAUUGUUAGUCCGGUGAAAUUUACGGCUCUGUCGACAUAUUUAGUGCAUCUUCCCUCAGCGCUGGACCGACAGGGAGGGACUGUUUGUUUCUCCAGGAGCCUCCAGGAACAGAGGCGGCAGUUGGAAGGACAUUGAAGUGUGAGAGCAAGGGCCAGUCAAGACGAGUGUGAGCCUCUGGACCUUUCAAGGAAGCAGCAACGUUGGCAUUCUCACCUGCAAGAGGAAGGAAUGAAACCGGAUGGGGAUACCAUGGAAACCACGGAGCCCACCGAAGCCGCAGCAGUAGCAGAGCCUUCGUCAUUGCAGGACAACAUAACAGAGCCAGCCCCAUCGCAACCAGAGGAAGCUGCAAGUGAUGUAGCAUCUGCGACGGCUCCGAAGGCCAGUGGCAAGCCAGUGGCAGCAGAUGCCAAAGUCAAACCAAAAGCCGUUGCAACUAAGACACAGCCCACAGCUAGAUCUGCAGGGGCCUCUGGAUUGCGGCCAGGUACUGCCUCACACCGCACGGUGAAUGACGUCAAAUCCUCUAACAAUGUCUCUGCAGCUGCAGCCAAGAAAACGACAACUACGGCAAAAUCAUCGGCAGCGGGAGCUGUACCGAAAAGGCCGGUGGGUAUAGCAGCAGUUUCUUCAACUGUCAAGAACCAAACUAGAGUGCCUGACAAGAAGCCUGUUGGAUCAGCUAGGGCUACCUCUGUUGCUUCUGCCACAGCAACAAAUGGUUCCAAACCAACAACAGUGAAUGGCGUUACUAAGAAGAGACCACCAGCUGAGACUGUUAAUGUAGCCAGACCCAAAACCACAGCUACUGCCAGCAGAGCAGCGGUGUCCACUGCCCCAAAACCCAGCACUUCGACCAAAACCGCGGAUGGUGCUGCCGCCUCAAAGACCACCAGGCCUGCUACAGGUCCCUCAACAUCUCGACCUGCAUCUGCUGCAGCAAGGCCCGCCUCAGCUACAGUCAAGCCCUCCACCACUGCAACCACCAAAACCUCUGCUUCUAGAGUUACCACAGCACCCUCUACUGGCAGGACCACAGCGGCACAGCCUCCCAGAACUGCUGCUCCUAAGAAAGAUGUCAGUCGCCCACCUUCUGCUGCAGUGGCAAAGAAACCUACAACAGCUACAACAUCCACUGCCACCAAAAAACCUGAACCCUCUCGACCCAUGGCCGCCGUAAAGCUCAGCUCUACUUCCAAAUCCUCCACAACAGCGAAGGCAGCAGAACCCAAGGUGUCACAGCCCAAAACUCCCACACCUGCGAAAUCAACUCCCACAAGGAAACCUGUAGCUGCUGUUCCAUCUGUUGCCCGUAACAAACAGCCCCUUGGUCGAACCCCGCCUGCCUCUCCAGCCAACAGACCUGCAAACAGCAGCACCCCUCAGGCAAAACGUGGAACCAAACCCACACAGGCUGUCCCACCUUUCACUACUGGCAAGAAGACAGGAGUCUCAAAUACGACCAAGCCUGAUGUAGAAGCACAGAUUGCUGCUGGUGCAGCAGUAGUAGCUGCCACAGCAGUGACUGUGCUGGCAGAAACGGGCGCUUCAGAGUCCUUCCCACAAGUACCAUCCCCUGCUGCCCCUGCACCAGAAGAGGUCCCUCCCUCAGUUGUGGCCCAGGAAACCAAGUCUCAAGAGACUGCUCAAACACGUGCUGCUGCUUCAUCUCCUCCACAAAGCCCUGUUAGGACAGCCGUACCCCAAACAUCUCCACCCCAGGAGCAGGUAGAAAGCAGUGCUUCCUUACUAACCACGCAGGAGCCAACCCCUGCCCCAGCUGAGCCUACAUUACCACCAGUGGCCUCUUCUCCAGAUAUAUCAGAGGAGCCUGUUUACCUGUCAACAGACCAAGCCCCCUCCACAUCUACAGCCCUCCCAGCAGCGACAAAUGCCAUCCCUCUGGUAGUUUCUCCUACCAAUUUAAAUGAGGAGGAGGAUGAAGAGGAGAGGGAGGGAAGCCAGUUGGUUUCUGUGUCUGAAAUGAGUGGAACCACACAGCCCACAGAGGAGUCUCGUCCUGGGUCGGCGGGACCAGUAGGAGGGUCUGCUUGGAGGGCUGGUGGCGCCUUGCUUUCUGAGCUGGACUCUGAGGAAGUAAGCGGCAGCCAGCAGGGUGCGUCUGAGCUGAGUGCCCCUGGUGUACUGGAGGGCACAGAGAGCAUGGACGAUUUGGGAGACGGCAGUCUCAAAGGAGCCAUUGACAUGGAAGGAGCCUCUGCUGGUUCACCUGACUUUGAAAAAGUUCCUGACAUACCAGUGAAUGACUUUGAUGAGGACGAUGAUGAGGACGAUGACGAUGAUCGGGUGUGUGACAUGGAUGUGGGCUCAGAGCGGGCAGAUGAACCGCAGAGACCCAGGCAUGACAAUGAUAUGGAUGAUGAUGAGGAGGAUGAAGAUGUGGAGAUGGCUAGUGAGGGGGUGACAGAGAGUGGGCUGGAAAGCUAUGGGAAUGCAGAUGAGGAUGACUUUGCUGAGGAUGAAAGGUUGGACAACUUGAACAGAGUGGCUCAGCCCCCACCUCCCCCUCCUGUGCUGCCCUCUGCCCCAGCUGCUCAGUGGGACCAACCAAACCCCUUUGCUGAUCCUUGGGCAGAACCUCUGCAGCCACAGCAGGUUCUUGAGCACAUCCCCCAGCCUGCACAGGUGGCAGGAGCGGCUGCAGCUAGUCCUUUGGCAGACCCCUGGCAAGCAGACACUGAGACUCCAACUCAGUCCCCAGCCCAAGCUUGGCUAGAACUAGGCUCUGCUCCUUUUAUUCCUGAAAACCAAGAAGUUCCCCAUCAUUCCUCUGUCAAAGAUGAGCCACAAAAUCUAGAGGCCCAAAUGUACAUGGACCAGUCCAGCCCAGUCCCAGUGCAUACCCUGGUCCCAGCUCUCCUCUCUGCCCCAGGAAUGUCUCUUUCAAGCACCCUGAGCAGCGAGACCAGCACGCCAGAGGAACUCUGUGACUACAAUCGAGACGGGAAACUGCAGCCUCAAGAUGUGCAAGCCCAGAUGCUUUCCCCACAGCCUGACCUGGACUACCAGGACAUGGGCAUGUACUCAGAGAGAGGAGACGGGGAAGGAGAGGAGGAAGCUGAGGCUGAGACGCUGCCCGCCGAUGAAGUCCUGGGUGGCCCUGCAACUGCCCCCACUUCCAACCCCUCCUCAUCCUCAGUAACAGAGGACGAGGCCAGCGACACAGAGGGAGAGGCUCAGUUGGAUGACUCCUUGGAGACUCCAGCAGUCUGUCAGACAACCUUUGACACGCAGCCUUCAGCCCAGCGCUGCCUGUCCACCGUGGAAGAGGGAGAGGAAGCUGACAUGGAGGAGGUGAUAGGUGGCGCAGGUGAAGACACCACACCACCUUCAGCUACAUCGUUGGCAUCAUACGGCUUUGACACCAUGACCACAGCUUCAAACUCCAACGCCCACUCCACAGGGGAGAGCUGUAUCAAGAGCCCUGGAAUCUUCUCCCUGGAGGAGCUGCCCGAGGAGGCUAAGGAGCCCUUUCUCAUCCCGCAACCUCACACCGAGCCAUGCACUGCAGAGCAGCAGUACAUCGAAUGCGGGAAGCAGGAAGCGGAGCCUGCUGAGCAUGUCAAGGAGGAAGCACCAGCGCCCGAGGAAGCCCUGGACCCCUCGUCAACUCUAAGCACUUUGCAGCAACCUGAGGAAAACCCAGAUGACAUCCAGCCUCCCUACUAUUCUGCUAUCUGUGAAAAGACUGAGAACUCUUUUGCAGGCUUCACUGCACUACCGCACCCUCACCGCCGCGAUCACUCUGCAUACCCCAGAACCUACUGCGACAUCGUCAAACCUCUCGUCGCCGCCGUCGCCCCGCCGAAGCUGACCUGUGCCGACCUUCCGCCCAGGAACCUCGGCCAGCAGGCGCUGAGCCCCCAGCUCCGCCGGCUGGAGCAGCACCAGAGACAGCUGCAGCAGAUGCAGCAACGCAGACAGCAACAGAGCCAACCGCUUGAGGAGGCGGAGCAGGAGAGGAAAAGGAGGGAGGAAGAGGAGCAGAGGAGGAAGAAGGAGGAGGCCGAAGAAGAAAUAAAAAGGAAUAAGGAGGAGGUGGAGAGGAAGGUCCGAGAGCAGGCAGAGGUGAAGAAGAAGGAAGAGGAGGAGGAGCAGAGGAGAGACCUUGAACUACAGCUGCAGCAGCAACAGCAGGAACUGAAGGAAAGGCAGCAAAUCUUACAGUGGCAACAAGAACUGCAACAGUCCAAUAAAGGUCAGACAGUGCUGCUGUCCCCUUCCUCUGGCCUCUGCACCAUCUAUGAGGCCCUGGAGAAUAGUGAUGACGAUGAGGCUGAAGAUGAAGAGGAGGGAAUAAAGGAGCUCGCUAAAGAGAAGGACGAGCUCAGACAGGAGACGUCAAAUGAAGAGUUGGAUGACUGUGAACAGGUGAUAUCAGAUGGAGACAAACAUCAAGACUCUUCGCCGUCCACCGAGAGCCCUCCUCCUCUCCGAGACUCCCCUCAGACAUCCAGCAACCCCUCCCAAGAUGGAGACAGCUCCUCCCCUUGCCCUCCCGAGUCUCCAGAGCGGCCCCCACCCCUGGACCUGGACUGGGGGAAGAAAGUGGACAUAGUCCAGCAGCUGAUCAAUCAGACACUGCUGCUGAACAGAGAAGGAUGCUCCUCUCUGCUGCUUCUACCAGGGGGCGCAGGAGGCACACUGAGCCCCCUGGAGAGCAGCCUGUGGCCCAGCCUGCUGCCUCCACUCACCCCUCCCUCUGCCACCGUCACCUCUGUCAGUAGUUUCUCCCCAGAGGCCACUGGGAGCUCCCCACAGGGAGAAUGGACAGUGGUAGAGCUGGAGACACAUCACUGAGGGAUUUCACUCAUACACACUGAGUACAACAUCUGUUAAACAUCAACACUCAUACAGGGAAGAUGACACAAGUGCUGUCUGUUUGUGCGCACACACACACACACACACACACACACACACACACACAC